CCAGAGCCUUGCUGUCGCACUACACUAAAAACUACUGGCACACUCGCAAUGGAGGGAACCGUGGAUGGAAUAUCCUGGAAACUUCUCAUAAUGUCUUUCCUGUUUCUGGAGGUGUCGACCCAAGAAAUGGAGCAGACCCAGUUCAUCUGCACGUCGGUACCAAAGGAUAUGGACUUGUGUGCAGCCGUUGUGCAGAACGCUGGCCAGAAGGAGGAUUUGAAGACAACGGUUAUGCAGCUAAGGGAGACUGUCCUUCAGCAAAAGGAAACCAUUAUGAACCAAAAAGACGCUAUCAGGGAACUGACCUCUAAAUUGGUUCGUUGUGAGAGCCAGAGUCUGUCCGAGCCCGGAGACUCCACAGCUGGGGACAGGAGGAAAGAAACUGCGUCCAAAAACACCAUGGGGGAUGUGUCCAGAGGUCCAUCGGAUACCCUGGGGGAGUUAGAAAAGACUUUGCAGUCUCUGAAACAGAGACUUGAAAAGCUUGAGCAAUUUAGCAGGAGCAACAAUUCAGCUCAAGCGAACAGUCUGAAAGACUUGCUUCAGAAAAAAAUCGACGACCUGGAGAGGCAAGUCCUGUCCCGUGUGAACAGCAUUGAGGAGACCGAAUCUGGCUUGAGGAACGAGACGGAACAGCGGGGCCGGGUUGAAACUGCGCUCACCUCUCUACACCAGAGAAUCACCGACUUGGAAAAGGGUCAGAAAGAAAACAAGCCCUUGGAUAAAUUCCUGCUGAAGUUCCCUUUGCGAACCAACUACAUGUAUGCUAAAGUGAUGAAGAGCAUGCCAGAGAUGUACGCCUUCACUGUGUCCCUGUGGAUCAAAUCAGACGCAUCUCUGGGAGCGGGCACCCCUUUCUCCUACGCUGUCCCAGGACAGGCCAACGAGCUGGUGCUCAUUGAGUGGGGGAACAACCCGAUGGAGAUUCUCAUAAAUGACAGGGUGGCCAAGCUGCCCUUCAUCGUUAACGACGGGAAGUGGCAUCAUAUCUGCGUCACCUGGACAACGCGCGACGGCGUGUGGGAGGCAUUCCAGGAUGGGGUUCUGAAGACCACCGGAGACAACCUGGCCCCAUACCACCCGAUCAAACCGCAAGGGGUGCUGGUGCUGGGACAGGAGCAGGACAUGCUUGGAGGAGGAUUUGAUGCCACGCAGGCUUUUGUUGGUGAGAUGGCGAAUUUCAAUAUAUGGGACAGGAAGCUCUCAGCUACAGAGAUCUACAACCUGGCCACAUGCAAUAGCAAAGCCCAAGCGGGUAAUGUCUUUGCAUGGCUAGAAAACAACAUUGAGAUCUAUGGUGGAGUUUCAAAACAGACAGCCUUUGAGCCUUGCCACCAGCUCAACUGACCAGCAGAAAGGAACCCAUGGAAAAGAAAGAUGCUAGGAGAGGUGCUUUUCCUCUAGUUGUCUGUCUAUAUGUUAAUGCCCAUUUAUAAAUGUGGACAUUUUAUGUGAAGCACUGAGGCUUCUGAGGUUUAAGUAGACAGCCAAGCAUCUUACAAGCUGAACAUUAAAUUGGGACUUUUUUUUUUACUUACCUUGACGAGAACCACAUUUUUUCAUUGGUCCGGGAAACCAAUGGGACAAUAUUAACGUCAGUCUCCUUUUCCAGACUUGUCAAAAAUUAAAUGCUCAGCAAGCCUUUAUUCUCCUCUCCUUCCUGCGGCGACCGGAGAUUUUAAUACGGGACGAUGAACAGCAUGGCAGCGAUGAAUGAGAAUGGGCCCCUUCUUGGAAAGGAGGAUCAGACUGGUGGUCAAUAGUAUUCAGUGCCAUGUAAUGUUGACAGACUGAAAAAACCCCAGCAAUUUCUUAAUUCCACAAUUUCCUCUUUUCUCUU